AUGUCUCGAUUACACGGUUACACAGUGGGGACGGGAUCAUUUAUCGGGACCUUUAUAUUCCAUUCAACGAGAAAAGAGAUUAGGCGAAUGAAAAAUGGCCCAGGUUCCUGGUGGGUCUUGAUUGGCACGCCUGGAACCCACUACAGAGACGGCGACGGGAGACGCUCCGCUCGAACUGCCCCAGCCGGACCCGCCCGUCUCCAGAAACCACCGGGGUCACCGUACCAGCAUUACUUCGAAAGCAAAAGGAGCAGAGGUGGUAUGAAUUAUGACAAUAAUCGUGCAUCCACGUUCCAUGUUCCUGGGAUGACUGUGGCCCCCUGUGGCUUUUCUCCUCAAAAGCUGGAAGCCUGGAACACUGACGGUGGCACCGCCCUUGCGCGAAGCUUGAGGACCGUCAUAAUUCCGUCAGCCUGCAAAUGUUCAGGUCGACCAGGAGUGAUUUUCCUGGCGUGGGCAUCAGCAUCGACAUUAUCGGUGGACGUGGAUCAUUUGUUCUUAUUAUUGCUCAAGAUCACGUCGUCCUUCUCAAAACGAAAUUAG